ACGUUCAUGUUUGAAGGCCACGAUACGACGGCCAGCGGGAUCUCCUGGCUAUUGUACUGCCUGGCAUCUCACCCCGAGCACCAGGCACGGUGCCGGGAGGAGAUCCGAGGGAUCCUGGGGGACCGGGAGAAGCUUCAGUGGGAGGACCUGGGUAAGAUGACUUACAGCACCAUGUGCAUCAGGGAGAGCCUUCGCCUUUACCCACCGGUGCCCGGCGUGUCCCGGCAGCUCAACAAACCCAUCACCUUCCCUGAUGGACGCACCUUGCCAGAAGGCAGCAUCGCUGCGAUAAGCGUUUAUCUCAUUCACAGAAACCCUGCGGUAUGGAAAGACCCUUUGGUCUUUGACCCUUUGCGUUUUUCCCCGGAGAACAUUUCUGGCAGACACUCUCACGCCUUUCUGCCUUUUUCUGCUGGAACAAGGAACUGCAUCGGGCAGCAGUUU